GUGGACUGCACAGCGCAGGAGGGACUGCUGCUCACAUGCGCGUCACCUCGGUGCGGUACUGCAAGAGGACGAUACCUUCUUCUUAUUCUUCUUGUUUUUGGAGGUGGCACGCUCAUGUGAAGAGGUGACGGAGCUUCAGGAGCAUCGGUCACGGACAUGGGUCACAUUGAUGGUGCCACUCUACUAGCGUUUGGCGCCGCCAUGUGUGCGGCUCUGCUGUGCGACUCUGGUGCCAGCUUCAUCAGGACCGCACACGGGAUGGACGCAUCACACGAGUGUCCCGACAACAAAAUCCUAACCGUGGAGUAUCCCUGCGUCCGAGCUGGAGGGAAGAGCAGUAAAUGCUUCAGGAGGAAAUGCUGUGAAGGCUUCAGGUUUGUUAUGGGCCAAUGCAUACCUGAAAGCGUGGACGUGUGCGCCGCGUCACCAUGCGAGCAGCAGUGCACCGACAACUUCGGACGGGUGGUGUGCACGUGCUACCCGGGUUAUCGCUUCGACCGAGAGAGACACCGCAACCACAAAUCUCCUUAUUGUCUGGACAUCGACGAGUGCGAGGAGUCAGGCGGUGACGUGUGCGAGCACGAGUGCAUCAACACGGGCGGCAGCUUCCUGUGUCGAUGCCACAGUGGAUACAUUCUGUCUCCCGACCGGCAUUCCUGCAUCGCUGUGCACAACUUGAGUUCAACAGGGAAGUCUGACACGCUGAUGAGUGCAGGUACCUGCUCCUUUACCUGCCAGGACUUCGUCAACAUGAAAAGCAGUCUGCUGCAAAUAAAACUGCGGCUGGCCAAUCCGCAGGUUCCUGACCUCCUGGCCAGCCACAAUGACAAACCUCUUGGGAGGCCGGGAAAAAUACCUGACAGCUCGUGUCGUCCUGGUUUACCCGGACCUCCAGGACCUCCUGGGGUCCCAGGUCACCCAGGGGAGCCAGGAGCAAGAGGGGAACGAGGCGGGGGAGGCCCCCCAGGGCCUCGGGGGCUCCGGGGGGACAUUGGGCCCAUGGGCCCGGAGCCUGAUCUGAGGCACAUCAAAAGAGGCCGCAGAGGACCAGUGGGACCACCCGGGGCCCCCGGAAGAGACGGCUCAAAGGGUGCUAGAGGAGCCGAUGGUCCCUGUGGUCCCCCUGGACCUCCCGGCUCUUUCGACUUCCUGCUGCUGAUGAUGGCCGACAUCCGCAACGACAUCAUCGAGCUGCAGGAGAAGGUGUUCGGAGAGAAGAGGGGCAUCUCGCUGGACUCUUCUCCCUCCAGCGGGGAGCCCGACAUUGCCGAGUGGGGGUCCGGCCAGGGGGACCUCAUGUUCAGCACCUGAACCUUUUGGAACACUUCUGGUGACAUUCGUUAAAAAACACACAAAAACAUUUCGGAAGGACACAAAGGACUUGAAAGGACAAGCAUGUCUUCCUCUUCCAGAGCUCCUCUUCACCUGCUGCAGACAAUCAUGGAAACAAGGAAGCUCCCUUGGAAUUAGAAUUGUUUAUUGUCAUUGCACAGUGGAACGUGUGUGUG